CCGAGUAUGUGGAGGCAACGUGACAAUUGCACCAUCCAAUGGCUUUGCAUGCUCCGAAAGUCCAAUGAACAGGAAUAAAGAAACUGACUCUGGUUCACGCUUGUUGAUAGUAAAGGGUGUAUUAGCGAAACCAACUGUGCAAGGCAGUAAGAACAUGAAAAUCUAUCAGACAAUCUGGAUUCGUGCCAAUCAGAAAGAUUACAGAGCCGAGGGUAGCGCCCAAGCAAGCAGUGUCAGGCGCAGGCCAGGCGCAGACCAUAAAAGAGGUGGGUGGAUGCGGUGGUGGUUGGGACCAAGUGCCUCUGCAUACCGACCUGAACUCGACACCAACAACCUUUCCUCCCUGCCGCACUCGUCCUUUCUCUUUUUUCCACUCCCUUUUCGCUACAUCCCACCACAAUCCUCUCCUGUUGAUCCUACUCGUCUCAAAGCGGUCAUGUACGGGCCGCACAGCCGACUCCUCUUGCUUACAAUUGCUCUACUGCUCGAAGAAACUUUUCUUAUCCUCCUACCAUACUCUCAGGCUGACCCCAGAAAGGAUCUGGGGCACGGCAGCUGCGCCCCAUAUGACGUUGAACGUCGGAAACGUCCACUGUGGUUGAGUG